AUGAACAGCAGCAAGCUCACAAUAUCCAUUAUUGUGCAGUUCGAAAAUUCUUACCUCUAUCUGGAAGUUCAUUCACAGCCGACAUGUCUUCGGCUGGAAACACUCAUUCGCACUCCGGCGCACAAGGCCACCAGGCGGCCAACCCAUCUCAAGAAUCUCGCACAGCUUCGUCAUCUCAUCAGAUUAUCCCGCUGGAUGGCACAGGGGGUAGUCAGUGAGCCCUGGAACAAUGACAAAACGGGCACUUGGAAGACGGGCGAGUACAACAUGAGGGUCGCCGUUUACAUCGCUCGGAACCGCCUCACUUUCUUCGCCAAUAGCGGCAUGCGGGCCAGUCGUCCCGUCACGGAGUCUGAAGACAUGGAACUCUUCAUCAAGUACCAGCCCAUACGUAACAUGGUGGGCUCCUCGGACGUCAUCGACCUGAAGCAGCAGCUGGAGUAA